GCUCACCUACAUAAAUCCAUCCUAAAAAAUUUCUUCACUCAUAAUUGAUGUUCAUGUAGGCACUUACGUCUCAAUUUUCAAUAUAAAACACAAGGGCUCACAUACAUAGAAUCCAAUGUCAAAAAUUUCUUGACUCAUAGUCAAUGAAUCCCACCCCAGUAAUGCUUAAUUUCCAUGGCUUCACAGAAACCCCAUCAGCUUCACUUUGUCCUAUUUCCAUUAAUGGCCCCUGGCCACUUCAUCCCUAUCAUUGACAUGGCCAAAUUAAUAGCCCAACACGGCCCAACUGUCACUAUCAUCACCACCCCUCUCAUCGCCGCCAGAUUCAGCCAUACGAUCAACCGCGCCGCCGCCACCGGCCUCCCCCUCCGCCUCCUCCACCUCCCGUUUCCUGUGGAAGCUGGCUUACCGAAUGGCUGCGAAACCCUCGAAACUGUCACCUCUAAAGACUUGCUGAAGAAAUUUUUCGUCGCCAUAGACAUGUUAAGACAACCGUUCGAACAAUUGUUGGAACAGCUGGAACCCAGCCCGACUUGCAUGAUAGUUGAUAAACAUCUCCCGUGGGCAGCCGAAACUGCCCGUAAGUUUCGGAUCCCGGGAAUCGUUUUCGAUGGCAUGAGUUGCUUCUCUCUCUUCUGUCUUCACACUCUAUAUGUAUCCAAAGCGCAUGAAAGUGUUCCUGCAUCAGAGCCCUUUGUUUUGCCAAAUUUUCCUGACACUAUUGUAUUGACAAGAUCCCAACUCCCCGGAAUGUUCAAUCCGAGUUCAUUAAUAGAUAUGCAGGAUUUUCGCGAAAGAGUAAGAGUAGCUGAAGCCGAAGCCUAUGGGACCGUGGUUAAUAGUUUCCAUGAGUUGGAGCAAAGUUACGUAAACGGAAUUCGUAAGGUGAAGGGAGGAAAAGUAUGGUGCAUUGGGCCACUUUCGCUCUGCAACAAAGAUAGUUCGGAUAAAGCCCAAAGAGGAAACAAGGCUUCAAUUGACGAAAUCGAGUGUUUGAAGUGGUUAGAUGAACAAGAGCCAGGGUCUGUAAUCUACGCCUGUCUUGGAAGCAUUAGCCGUCUGUCUCCUUCGCAGUUAAUUGAGCUCGGGUUGGGCUUGGAGUUAUCCGGACGCCCGUUUGUUUGGGUUAUAAGAGGCAAUGAGAAAGCCGAGAAUGUGUACAAGUGGAUCGAAGAAGACGGGUUUGAGGAGAGAGUGAAGGGGAGAGGACUUGUUAUCCGUGGUUGGGCACCACAAGUACUCAUAUUAGACCACCCGUCAGUGGGGGCUUUCUUGACCCACUGCGGGUGGAAUUCGACUUUGGAAGGAGUAUGUGCUGGUGUCCCAUUGGUAACAUGGCCGAUUUUCGCGGAGCAAUUUAUCAAUGAGAAGUUGGUGGAGGUUGUACUGGAGAUUGGAGUGAGCAUUGGGUCACGGUCGGCUGUGGAAUUGUAUGAGGAUGAUAAGUGUGCGGUGGUGGCAGUGGAGAGGGAAGCAGUUAGGAAAGCGGUGGAUGAAGUGAUGGCCGGAGGAGCAAAGGCGGAAGAGAGGAGAAAAAGGGCGAGAGAAUAUGGAGAGAUGGCAAAGAAGGCAGUGGAAGAAGGUGGUUCUUCUUAUUUGAAUGUGGAAUUGUUGAUUCAAGAUAUGAUGGAACAUGUCAAUGGCAUGGGACCAAAGGAAGAACACGAAUGACUUCUAGAUCUUCAAAAUCACUUUGAAAAAAAACCAUCUUUUUAAUAUUGUGUACAUGUAUCGAUCGAGUUGCAAAACAAUCAUUUCAUUUUCUAAAAUUUUUUCCGUACACUUAUCGAAGGUCACUUUUUAAAUUUGCAUAUUAAAGAUAAAAAAGUGAGUGGUCUUGGUUUUGUUUUUUCCUUUUUUUUUGAAUAAUAAGGUGGACGAAAAUCACUCUCCUAUAUGUUUUAGUAAUGGGUAAUUCCUUGCCGAAUGUUUCAAUCGGAUACCAA